UAUGCACCUAGAUGUUGUUUGCGAUGUUCCAAAAAGAAGAAGAAGAUCUACGUAAUCACUGCGCGUCCACAACACCACUGUUAGGUCUCUCCACAUUUCACACUUUCUGCCAGAACACCAAGACAUUUUCCUUGUAACCUCCAUGGUGUAAGGUCCAAGCUAUGUUGGAGAAAACAGAGGACAGGAUGUCACAGAAAGGGGGGGUCACAAAGAGGAGACACACGGAUGAAGAUGAAGAAGGAGGAGAGAAGAAGAGGAGGGGAGGUGAGAAAGGAGACGGCGGCAGGAAGCUUCUGGACGCCAUGAGUGUGGGCUAUUUCCGCAGAGUCGGGGAAAGACUCGGAGAAGGCUUUGCAAACAGCGAGGAGAGAGAGAUGUUUGUGGAGAACGUCCUCACAGAGGUGAAAGGGAAAGCUGCUGUGGUGGCGAUGGACCGGACAGGAAGCUUCACCCUGCAGCGGCUGCUCCCGCUCUGCAGGCCCGACCAGGUGGCCGAGGUGCUGGCCGAACUGGGCGGAGAGUCCGGAUCGGAGCUAAAGGCGGUGUCAUGUGACCGGUGUGGCGGCCACGUGGUGGAGAGUGCAGUCCGACAGAUAUCCAAGCUCUCACAGACGGCAGCUACCACAGAGGAAGAGGAGGAGGAGGAGGGGGGGGUGUUGGAGGCCCAGGUGCUGUCUUUAUGUCAGGUUGUGAGAGACAGCAUUGCAGAGUUCAUCCAACAUGUUCACGGCUCCCACGUGGUCCGCACACUUCUACACGUGCUGUCAGGCUGUCUCGGACCCCUGCGCACUGAGACCCGUCCAGGUGCGAAAGACCGUAACGCUGUUCCCCAGAUGACAGACUUUGAGGUUCCCACAUCGUUUUGGUACGAGAUGAAAAACCUCACAGACACGCUGAUGGACAACGUUAAUCUCAGUGUGACAGACUCUGUAGCCAGCGCAGUGUUCCAGACCAUGUUGACCGUGAGUCACAGAAAACGUCCGAAACUCUGCAAACAGCUUCUCAAACGCAUCAUGGGGUACCUGACGAGUCGUAGCGCCGCUCCAGGAGUGAGUCCCCUUCUGGUCUUUCUCAAAGACCAGGCCUCCAGCCACCUUGUUGAGAUGAUCCUACAGCUUUCCCACAAGGCCCUCCUCCGGGACCUCUACAAGAACCACCUCAAGGGUCACCUGGUUGACCUCGCCCUCCAUUCCAUCGCCAACUUCCCCAUCCAGAGGCUAACCGCAGCCUCGGCCAAACACACAAUGUUCUUGAAGUUGUUUGAUGAGUUGAUCCAAGGCGUGGAGGCCAUCUUGGCCGCGGGACACAUGGGUGUGAUUGUCCAACUGGCCGAGAGCUGUGCAGAAAGUGGAGAGAAACAGGAAGACAUGAUUCAGUGCCUCCUCCGUGCCUUCCACUGCGCUGAGCCCGGCACCCGCCACGUCAACUGCCUCCCUCUCUUCAUGUCUCUGACCACCUAUGAGGUGUAUUACCACUGUGAGACAGCAGAGAGCAAGGUCCAGACAGAGGUCCCCCUGACCUCCAUCUGUUACCAUGGCUCCCGGCUGGUCCAGUCGCUGGCUAAGUUCAAGGAGCGCUCGCUCCUCCUGAGCAGCCUGCGCACUCAGACCCCCGCUGACCUCCUGAAGCUGGCCUCGGACCCCGCAGGCAGCCACGUCCUGCAGGCCCUCAUCACCACCUCCAGCGACAAGGGGAGGGGCAAGAUCCUGAAGAGACUGGAGGGCCAGUUUGUCCCCAUGGCCUGCUCCAGGUUGGGGAGUCGGGUGCUGGAAGCCAUUUGGAACAGCGCCUCGGUCACUCACAGGCACAACAUCGCUCAGGAAUUAGUGUCGUGUGAAAGCCAGCUGCGCUCAGAUCAGUUUGCUCGCCAUGUUUGGGCCAAAUUUGCCCUCUCCCACUACAGCCACAGGAGAGGCCAUUGGCAGGAAAUACAGAGCGGCGAGUCCAAGAAGCGGAAGCUCUUCAGUGACAUUCUUGAGUAAAACAAAUACAUAUUUAUGUAAUUUGUUGGAUACGAAAAUAAACAUUUAACA